AUGAACCGUAUCCUUGUUCAUAGGCCUCGGGUACAUGAACUACGUCGUAUUUCUAAACAAAGAGGUUUCGCCACCAAGACAAAAGAGGCUGAACGAAGUGCGCAGGCAAAAUCCUUCGAGUUCUAUCGCAAAAGACAAUCCAAAUCAUGGUUUCGAGGGGAAAGAAAGCUAAGAAAGCUAACACCAGAGGAACGAAACGUCCAGGUUGCCUGGUACCUCUCUGCAGUUGUUAUUGGUGCGAUUGGAGCUACUUAUGCCUCCGUUCCACUUUAUAAAAUGUUUUGUCAGGCAACGGGGUUUGGAGGAACAACCCAACGAGUGGUUUUUGGUGAUGACGGAAAGCCCAAUGCAUUGGAAUCAGCAUUCCGAUCUGUUUUGCAGAAGAUUGCGCCAAAGUCUUCAGCCAAAGUUCAUACUUGGACGGAUGAAGAAGCAGCGUCUAGGCUUGCAUCCCUACGACCUGUUAGCGAUGCGAAUCUGAUUACAGUUCGAUUUGACACCACUAUAGGCGAUGUCAUGCCUUGGUCCUUUGUGCCAGUACAGCUUGAUGUCAAGGUGGUCCCAGGAGAGACAGCUUUAAGCUUUUUUCGUGUAACCAAUCAUUCAGAUAAGGCAAUCACCGGUGUUGCAACGUACAACGUGCACCCUCCAAAGGCUGGACUAUAUUUUCAGAAAAUCCAGUGCUUUUGCUUUGAAGAGCAACGAUUGCUACCUGGAGAGACAGUUGAUAUGCCAGUUUUCUUCUUUGUUGACCCUGAAAUCUUAGACGAUCCACAGAUUUCGUACAUUACAGAUAUCACACUGAGCUACACGUUUUUCCAGACAGAUGAAGAUGAUGAUACUGACGAAGAAGAUUAA